AGCUUCAGCUGCGACGCUGUGCAUUGAAGAAAAGAAAGGCAAGCUGGAGAGCUACCAGAUCGCGGCAAGCCGUCGAGAUGACCUAAAGGACUUCGCCAUCGAUCCCUCCAAGUUGGAGGAUGAGUUUGACAUGCUGAUCCAUGUGUCGGGACAGCAAGCCAAGGACUUGAACAAGCACCUCAAGGUUAUCAACUAUCGGAGGAUCCCUGGGUGUCUUAUGUCAGAGGAGGAGCUGGAGGAUCUCAAGUGGUCCUCUGCGAACGAACCCCCACAGGAGGAGGUGCAGACUGACGACGUGACGCUCGACACCCAGCAAGUCAACCUCGCCUACCCCCUGCGUACCCCCCACAAGGGCCCAGCCAGCCUCGCUACGACGCUCAUCUGCCACCUCUUCGACCGAACGCGCUCCUGCAUUGUCUUGGAGCUCCGGCAGGGAGGGCCCUGGUACAUCCGGGUGGACCUGCUGGAAAUCCGAAGACGAAAGGAGUACGAGAUAGCGAUCCCCCGCACCAUCGCCAGCCUCGGACAAGCGCCGGAUCAGUACGAAGAAUCCUAAGCAUCUCCUCCUCCUCCUCCUCCUCCUCCUCCUCCUCCACUUCUCCCUCCCCCUCCUCUCCUUCCGGCUAUGAACGUCUUGAGCCGCUUCCUGAUGACGCUGGCAUGGUCGAUCCUCGACCUCAGCGCCUCUGCCUUCUCCCUCGUUGUCAGUACCUGUACAGUAGAGUAAACGCGAAAUUCGCCC